UUUGCCGUUGUGAUGGACAAAAAAAGUUGUGCUGUUUGUGGAGUGAAGACGGGGAUAAAACAGUGUGGACGAUGUAAGAGAGUAUGUUAUUGCUGUAAAGAGCAUCAAAUCUACGACUGGAAAAUUCACAAAUCAUUGUGCAAACCAGUCAGUGCUGGGACUGCAGACCCAUCAACACUUGCUUUGGAUGACGUUCGAAUUGACUGUAGAAGUUACAAAGACUUUGUGUCUUUGGGUGACUGCAUUCAUAAGUCAAUGCAGAAAUACAGUUUGUGUGUGUUGGAUGGCUUUCUUGAAGAAAGCAAAGGAAAUCUGAUACUGGCUGAGGUGAAGAGAUUGAGACAGGCUGGUAGAAUGGCACCAGGCCAGUUGAGUGGUGGAUCAAUUGGUAGCGAUAAUUCUAUGAAAUUUACUGACAAGUCUGUUCGUGGAGAUGAGAUCGUUUGGUUAGAAGGUUGUGAAGAAGGGUGCAGCUCUAUUUGUUUAUUGAUGACUGCAAUGGAUGAAUUGGUGGUUUACAGCAACAGAAGUGGGAAGUUGCCCGGAUGCAAGAUCCAUGGUCGAACAAAGGCAAUGGUUGCUUGUUAUCCAGGAGAUCAAACAGGCUACAGUCGUCAUGUGGACAAUCCAGAUGGAGAUGGUCGAUGUUUGACUGCGCUUUAUUAUCUCAAUAGUGGCUGGGAUGAAAAGCAUGAUGGUGGUUCCUUAAGAGUUUUCUCUCCAUCUGGUGGUAUACAAAUUGACAUACAACCAGAGAUGAACAGGCUGUUGCUCUUUUGGUCUGAUAAAAGGAAUCCCCAUGAGGUACUGCCUUCUUUCAGAGAAAGGUAUGCUAUUACUGUGUGGUAUUUUGACCAAGAACAAAGACAACUUGCCAAAGUGUCUCAUUACCAGGAAAUGGCUCUGUUAACUUCUCGGCAGCAAAGUGUGUUUGAGACUGUUGUACAGAAAAAAGCUCAAAAGGAUGCUGCCGAAAGUGAAUUACAUAGAAAAUCAGCAGAUGUGAUUCGGAACAUGCUGUCGGAAGAUGACAUAGAGGCUUUGUCUACACUUGUUCGAAAACAUCCUGAUGAUUGGCAGGAGAUAUUUGACAACAUGAGCAUUGCUCCCAGCAUACAAAAAGCAUUCAUAGAUCUUCUGGUUUUAAAAAGUUAAUCCGUAUUACUCAAGGUAGC